AUGCCUCAUCAUGGCGUUUUUAGGCCAGAAAGUAGUACUACAAAAUUACGCGUUGUUUUUAACGCAUCAGAGGCAACGUCAUCUGGACAAUCGCUUAAUGAUAAUUUGUAUUCAGGAUCCGUUGUCCAAGAUGAUUUGUUCGCUAUUUUGUUGAGAUUUCGAAAACAUUCUAUAGUUUUCACCGCUGAUAUAAAAAAGAUGUAUCGUCAAAUUUGGAUACAUCCAGAUCAGUGUGAUUUACAAUGUAUUUUAUGGAAGGAUUUAGAGGAUGAGAAAUUACGUGUAUUUAAGUUGCUCACUGUUACCUACGGAACCAAAUGCGCUCCUUACUUGGCGACCAGAGUACUAAAACAAAUAUGCUGUGAUGAGCAGAACAACUAUCCUUUAGCCGCUGCUGCUGGCAAAGAUUUUUACGUCGACGAUAUACUCAGUGGUACCGAGGAUUUAUCUUCUGCCAUUGAACUACAAAACCAGUUAAUACAAUUGUUAAAAUCAGCUGGUAUGGAGCUUCACAAAUGGAGCUCAAAUAAUCCUGUUUUGUUACAAAAUGUCCCAACGACGGACCGAGAAUACAAUUUCGAUAACCCCAACUCAGCUACUUUAAAAACUUUGGGAUUACAAUUCAAUCCUGAAAAGGAUACAUUUAGUUUUAGUGUUCAAAAAAUUGUGAGACCUGCAACAAAAAGAACAAUGCUAUCGGACAUAUCCAGAUUGUUUGAUCCUUUAGGCUUCUUAGGACCUUUGAUAAUCACAGCGAAGAUGUUCUUGCAGAAGUUGUGGAUUUUAAGAAUUGAUUGGGACGAUGAAGUUCCCUUACACUUAAAUAGAGAGUGGGAAAAAUUUAGUUCUGAAUUGAGUCAAUUGAAAAAUGUAAACAUAGAUCGUCAUGUGUUAUGUUCUAAAGUUCUGAAAGUAGACCUGAUAGGCUUCGGAGAUGCUUCGAAAAAUGCAUAUGGUUGUGCUAUCUACACCAGGUCUUUGUCAAGGUCUGGUGAGAUAAAGGUGUCACUCUUAUGCAGCAAAUCUCGAGUGGCUCCCAUCAAAGAAAUUAGUAUCCCACGUUUGGAGCUGUGUGCAGCGGAUUUGCUUUCCACGCUUACCGUUAAGGUUCUGUCAUCCUUGCAACUAGACAUUGAUGGAGUACAUUUGUACUCGGACUCCACUGUGGUGCUUGCUUGGAUCAAAACUCCACCUACAUCGUUGAAAACUUUUGUGGCUAAUCGAGUCGCUAGGAUUCAAGAGUAUACUAAGAACUUCCAAUGGCAUUAUGUAAAUACUGCUGAGAAUCCUGCGGACUUGAUAUCACGAGGAGUUUUCCCUUCAAAGAUCCAACAGUUGGACAUUUGGUGGCAUGGACCGUCUUUUCUUUCAUCUAGUAGCUGUCCAAACUUCAAUGACGAUCCUGGUGUCUCAGAUGAUGAAUAUCUUCUUGAGAUGAAAAGAACUGCAAGGAACUCUGAACUGAAUAAUGAUCCUAUGAUUAAUCUUUCCAUUUGUAAUACUCCUAGUUUUUUACAGUUUGUCAAGAACCUAAAAGAAGCAGUGAAGACAACAGGUCCACUGAAUGCUGAGGAAUUAAACUAUGCAGAGACAUUUUUAAUUAAAAAUGUCCAAAUCCAAGAGUUUGCCAAAGACGUCAGUAGUCUCCAAAAACACCACUGUGUGCCUCCUGGUAGUAAAUUAAAAACUUUGAAUCCUUUCUUGGAUUCUAAAGGAUUGUUAAGAGUCGGAGGACGGUUGGCCCAACCAAUUGCACCUACUCAAAUCAUGGGCAAUUUGCCCAAGGAAAGAGUGUCUCCAGAUUUUGCUUUUAAUUGUGCUGGUGCUGAUUUCUGUGGGCCGUUUUAUAUUAAGAAUAAGGCUCAGCGUAAAGCUGUUUAUAUAGUAACUGUUUCUGAUUUGACAAAUUUAAAAGAAAUUCAUCUCAUGAGAUGGUAA